AUGGGGGGUUUCCGUGGGGGGUGUCCCAAACCCCAGUAUGGUUUUCUCUCCUGCCCCCCAAAUUUUCGACCCCCUCCAUCCCACCCUCCUGCACCAACUUACAAACCAGCCCCAUCCUACAAGCCAGCUCCCUACCAUCCCACUCCAUCCUACGGACCAUCCCCGUCCUAUGAUACUCCUCCCCGGUACGACUUCAACUAUGCUGUGAAGGACGACUAUUCCGGUGACGACUUCGGUCACCAGGAGACUCGUGAUGGCUACAACACCCAGGGGACUUAUUAUGUGCAGCUCCCAGACGGUCGUCUGCAGCAGGUGACCUACACUGUCAAUGGUGACUCUGGCUACGUGGCUGAGGUCACCUACCAAGGAGAGGCUCAGUACCCUCACUACCAACCAUCUUACCAUCCUGCUCCAUCCUACAAGCCUGCUCCAGCCUACAAGCCUGCUCCUACCUAUCAUCCCACACCAAGCUACAGUCCCCUGCCUGUGUAUGGAUAACCGUCAUCGUGUAUUCACGUCUU